AUGGCCACUGUCACACUCACCCAGCCUGAUAUUCAAUAUCACCCCGACUAUGAGAAAUACAAGCAACGCUCUCUCCGUCGCAAAGAGACGGAAUCCCUGCCAACAACCGUUCCUGCUGGCUUCCCUGAGCAGCUCUCUUCGUCUCUCGUCUGGGAAGGAAAGGACGUAGAGAAAAGGGAUGACUGGAUCUACCAUUUAAACGAUGCCCAGUUGGAUGAAAUUGAUGCUGCUCUCCACAGCUUCAAAGCGCUGAAUCUCCCCCUCGGAGCCAUCAACCAAUCCACCUUCUCCCUCCCCAACCUCCAUCCCAUUCUCAGAGAUCUAUCACGAGAAAUCCAUCUCGGCCGGGGUUUCUUCGUCCUGCGUGGUCUUCGGAUCGAUGCGUACUCCCGCGAGGACAACAUCAUCAUCUACACCGGUGUUUCCUCGCACAUCGGCAACAUCCGCGGUCGUCAGCAAAAUACUCGUCUGGCGAAUGGGACAUCGCCGGUCAUCUCGCAUAUCAAAGAUCUUACUUCCACCGUGGAAAAAGGAAAGAUCGGUGCUCCGUCCAACACAGCUGAUAAACAGGUCUUCCACACCGAUGCAGGCGAUAUCAUCUCCCUGCUCUGUUUGAAUCCCGCUGCUAAAGGAGGCGAGAGCCAUAUCUCGAGCAGUUGGCUGGUCUAUAAUAUCCUGGCCAAGGAGAGACCGGAUUUGAUCCAUACUCUUUCCCAGGACUGGCCUGUUGAUGGAUUCGACAAUCCCAAAAAACCAUUCACCACCCGUCCUCUGCUCUACCACCAGCCAGCCACUGCUUCAACCCCCGAACGCGUCCUCAUCCAAUACGCCCGUCGCUAUUUCACCGGUUUCCUCGCUCAGCCUCGCUCCACCAACAUCCCACCCAUCAGCGAAGCACAGGCAGAGGCACUCGACGCACUGCACUUCCUGGCCGAGGAACACAGCGCCUCGCUGGAUUUUCAGAAAGGAGACGUGCAAUACGUGAAUAAUCUGAGCAUCUUCCACGCGCGGAAUGGGUUCGUCGAUGCGCCUGGACAGGAACGCCAUCUGCUGCGAUUGUGGCUGAGAGAUCCCGAGUAUGCGUGGGAGACACCUGCGCCGCUGACGGAUCGGUGGGACACGGUUUAUAAGGAUGUGACUGUGGAAGAGCAGACGUUUCCGCUGGAUCCGAUUCUGAGGAGAAAUAUCGGGUCGUGA